CUUUUUGAAUUCACGAUUCCCUCGAGCUUUUUGAAUUCACAAUCGACCACAACGAGAAGAUCAAAUAGGAGAAUCGUCGAUAAUCUGCGACAUAAGACGACGAGAAGAAUUGCCCAGCCCCAACAACUGAGAAUCGACGAACUCCGACCAUCGUCCAAAGACGAUGAGGAGAAUUGCCCAGCCCCAGCAAUUAGAGAAUCGACGAACUCCGACCAUUGCCCAGCUUCACAGGCGACAAUUGGCCACAAUCAGACGACAUCUUCGAGCAUUCCAGGAAGCAAUAUGGUGGAGAUAUAUAUUGUUUGUGAUAUCACUUUCAAGGAUCUUCUUCAGCAUGUAAAGGAAGAUCUAGGAAUGGUUGACGUAGGUGAAAUUACUCUCACCUACAGAGUUCCCCUUACGAUGGAAAGCAUGGGGAUGCACAUAUCGGCCACCAUAAUGCCACAUGCUUCUGGUGUCGUGUGCGCUGCAUUCAUCGACCAUCAUCUGAUGUUUGACGGCAACACGGGCACCAAUAGUGUUUAUCAUAUGGUUCAGACUCACAAUGUAAUGGAGAAGGUCCUGAGGAUGGAUGUGCUAGAAGACCAUAGCAAUGAUGCAUUUGAAGAAGACUUGGCUCACCUCCAAUUUGAUAUUCUGGAUGCAAAAGGCAAAAGAAUCGACGAGAAUGCAAUUGUCAUACGCUCUCAUUCCCCAUGCUCUGAAUUCAUGUUUAAUCCAACCGAUGAUGCAGUUUACGAAUUCAAAAAGAUGUAAAAUUUUGAACAUUUCUUUUUAUAUAAACUUCUCGCUGGCUGAAUAUGUAACUAAAACAAUUUUUUUAAUUGUUUGUGUGGAGCAGACGAGAUUAUGGAUAUUAAAGAAUAGUGGGACGCUGAAGUAAUGAUGGAUGCUUAAGUAACCAAAAAUCUUUUUUAAUGUUUUCCACAAGUGAUGUGUAAUGUUUUGCUUUUGAUGUCGAACCACAUGUGUUUAUAUUAGUCCAGAUUUAUUAUGUAUUCAGUACAAAGAUAAUAUCUAUGAAUGUUGUAUUUUUGACAUAUAAUGCAAUAUCUAUUGUUUUUUAUUA